UUAGAGUGAUGUCCCUUGUCGGUUGCUAUGGGACGACGACACUUCCGUCGAUGAAAAUUAGGCUCGAUAGAGUUUCCCUUUUCACGUGUAAUUUGUAAACAUAAGUGCAGCUAGUUAUUUGAUGUUUUUAUAUGUUAUCAAGUAAGAUACAUAUUGAUUUAGUGGUUGUAAUAAGAAUAUUUCUGGAGCCUAAUCGGAGCAAGUAACCAAACAUUCUUCAAGCCACUUGGCUAACAAGAUGUCAGUCAUCACAAGAGUUCCAGAGCCGAAUAUUUGGCACGAAAUCUGCAAAGAAAUAGCAGGACAAAGACCUCCUUUCAGAGAAGAAGACACAUCCUCCGUGCUUACAGAUUACAAAGACUAUGAUCCUGCACUUCAUCACCCAGUCUUUUUUGGAAAGAUGCAUGAGAGAAUUGAGUCGGAUGCUGACCCAUUUGCAGAGAUUGAUGUAGCCAAGAGUCAUCCAUCCUGCGUGGGCUACUCUUUCACGCAGAAACCACCGAAAUCACCUUCACCACCACCUCCUCCACCCCCAAACAAAGACACUUGCACGGCUCGAGAGUACCUGGAACAUUAUGUCCUCCCCGUGUUACUGCCAGCUCUUGAAGCGAUGCUCCGACAGGCCAAAACAGAAAAAUGCUUUGAGAGAAAGAGAACCAAAUUCAACGCACUGGAUUUUAUUACCGAGUAUUUAUACAGGCGAAAUCCCCAGUACACGGACCGAGGAGAAACUGACCUCUGGAGCAUCCCAUUUGUGCAGGAGUGGCUCAAGGAACAUCCCCGCCCACCACUGCCCCUGUCUCUCAUCUGGACUGAGGAGGAGGCUGCUCUCAUUAUUCAGUCCUACUGGAGAGGCUAUCUGGUUCGUCGGGUUCCAGAAAUCCAGGAACUCCGCCAGUGGCAGAAGGAAUGGCAGGAGGAGAAUCGAGGGAUCCAGACCCGUGUCAGCGACUUCUGGGACAAACAGAUGCCAGACUGGGACAAACCCACACCCACUACCUCCAAGACCAACAUGGAGACUGAGGAGGAUCUGCCCCCUGCAGUCCAGUCCCCGACCCCUGCAGCCCAGUCUCCGACCCCUGCAGUCCAGUCCCCGACCCCUGCAGCCCAGUCCCCGACCCCUGCAGCCCAGUCUCCGACCCCCCCACAGUAGAGAGCGGGGUCACCACCAUCUUGGUGUUGUAUCACCAUGUGUUAUUUCAUUCCAUUGCUUCCACUGGAUGGUGUGUGAUCUGUUCACAAAACAUCAAUGAAACAUUUUAACCAGACUUAUUUGUUGGAUGGCAGUAUCUUCAUGGGUACUUGACGGAGACUAAUGAAUGAUGAUUAUACAUUCCCAGUCUUAUUGCAGUGAUUUCACUGGUGUCAGCUGUAGGUCGGAGCUCUGGCAUUCUUCUUAGAGACAGAAUAUAAGUUUUCUCUGAAUGAAUAACAAAAGUUUGGGAUGGGGUUGCCAUACAAUUUCUUUCUAUGGACAUCUGAACAUUUGGGUGUAUGUAAAUUAGGAUGCUAAGUAAUAUGUUUGCACUAUUUCUUGAACAAAUGAUUUUUGGUUCCUUACAUUGUAUUGAAGAAAUAUUUUCCAUUUGUUUUUUAAUUCCUGGAGUGAUUCACCAUUAUAAAGUAAAGCAAAUGCUCAUAAUCCGACAAGUGAUGCUACCUCUCUAGGACUAUCAUUUGGAAACUUUGUUUUAAGUACAUAUUUUUUUUAAGGACAUUUGAUGUCUGACUAUAGACAGCUGAGACAAACAAGCUCAUAAAAUAGAAAAGUAAAUUACUGUUAAUUCAUCAACCAAUGUAUACACAAAUAGGUUUAUUCAUAGAGCCAUCUUGGCUGGUUAAUAUCAGGGCACAGAGUCCUGACGACAUUGUUUAAAACCUGACAUGACAGUUAUAUUCUAUAGAUCCUUUUUGUGAACGAAAUACUUAUGACUGUUUUGAAGCAUCAAAAAUCUAAUUAAGCUUGUUGUGUUAGGAUUGUAAGUUAAAAUAUUUGUGUAUAUAUGUAUAUAUGUAAAUCUGUACUUUUCUGCCAUUGUAAAUACAUUAACGUCUUCAAUCUGUAAUGUUUCCUGGGAGUUAAAAACACUCCAGUGUUUCAGUGAGAAAUAAUAAACAAAAACAAAACUUA